GUGCACUGUAAGUACCGUAGCAACAUUCCGAGUAUUUUUCUCUCUCUUCUUUAGCACUGUGGAGGGUUUCAAGCCGACUGCCUGAAACUUGGUAUGCAACCUGAACACACCACCCUGCUCUUUGCCUAGCCUCUGCUCAGGAUCUGCCGGGAGACCAGAGAAAGCCCUCAACCAUGGCAGAUAUAAAAAAGAAAUCUGUCGACCUGGAAAGGGCAGGAAUGGGCCCUCGGAAAAUGCCACCGAUCGCGAUGCCGAAGCUUCCUAAGCCGCUCACACUGGAUGAGAAGCGGUACCUGCUGUCCGUGGAGCGAGGCGAUUGCUCGAACGUCCGGCGCGCCCUGCAGAAGGCCUACCAGAAAAAGCACAUCAACAUCGACUGCUUGGACUCGCUGGGUCGUGGUGCUCUGCAUAUGGCCAUUGACAACGAAAACCUUGACAUGGUCGAACUGCUGAUCGUAAUGGGGGUUGCCACUAAGGACGCCCUGUUGCACGCUAUCGAGGCCGAGUUUGUCGAGGCUGUCGAGCUACUACUGCAGCACGAGGAGCUUAUCCACAAGGAGGGAGAACCUCACAGUUGGGAGAUGGUGGACCCAGUCAUUGCCACUUUCCCUCCAGACAUAACGCCGCUCACCCUUGCCGCCCACAAGGACAACUUUGAAAUCAUCAAGAUCUUGCUGGACCGAGGCGCCACGCUGCCGAUGCCUCACGACAUCAAGUGUGGCUGCGAUGAGUGUAUGAACUCGACCAAGGAGGACUCCCUGCGCCACUCGCUUGCCAGGGUGAACGCUUACAGGGCACUGGCCAGCCCGUCCCUGAUCGCCCUGUCGUCUAACGACCCCAUCCUCACCGCGUUUGAGCUAUCCUGGGAGCUGCGCAACCUGGCCUUCACCGAGCAGGAGUGCAAGGGCGAGUACCUGGAGCUUAGGAGACAGUGCCAGAAAUUCGCAGUGAACCUGCUAUCCCAUACAAGAGGCUCACGCGAGUUGGCCAUUAUACUGAACCAUGACCCUGAGAGCGAGGUGCCCUACGAGGACGGCGAGCACAUGAAACUGGCGAGGCUCGAGCAAGCCAUCAACUACAAGCAGAAGACGUUUGUGGCUCACCCGAAUAUCCAGCAACUUCUUGCCGCCAUCUGGUACGAAGGCGUGCCAGGUUUCAGGCGCCUCCAACCAACUCAAAAGCUAUUUGAGAUAAUCAAGGUGGCAAUCCUCUUCCCCUACUAUUGCAUGCUCUACAUUCUGGCCCCCAACUGCAAAACUGGCAAAUUUGUUCGAAAACCGUUCAUGAAGUUCUUGAUCCACGCUUCUUCAUACUUGUUCUUCUUGAUGCUGUUAAUUUUGGUGUCACAACGAGCAGAGGUGCUGUUCGUGCAGUACCUGGGCACGGACAGCAUGAAAGCGGAUCUGCAGGAAGAACUAAAGCGACAACGCGGAAACGGGCCCACUUACCUUGAGCUGCUGGUGUGCAUGUACGUGUUUGGCUUCAUACUGGAAGAGACCAAGGAGAUCGUGCGCGAGGGCAUCAGCAGUUACCUACGAAACAUGUGGAACAUCAUCGACUUCACGCGCAAUUCGCUGUACGUGGCCGUUAUGAUGCUUCGAGGCGUCGCCUGGUACCAGCAGCAGAACCAGAUCGCUGAGAACCCUGCGUCAGCGUUCGUGCCUCGCGAGCACUGGGACGACUUCGACCCGCAACUCAUCUCUGAGGGUUUAUGCGCGGCGGCCAAUGUCUUCAGCGCCCUCAAGCUCGUCCACCUGUUCUCCAUCAAUCCGCACCUGGGGCCGCUGCAGAUCUCGCUCGGACGCAUGGUCAUCGACAUUGUCAAGUUCUUCUUCAUUUACAGUCUUGUCCUCUUCGCCUUCGCCUGCGGCCUCAACCAGCUGCUCUGGUAUUUUGCCGAUCUCGAGAAGCAGCGCUGCUACAGCCUGCCCGGCGGCCUCCCCGACUGGAACAACCACGGAGACUCGUGCCUGAAGUGGCGCCGAUUUGGAAAUCUGUUUGAGUCGUCCCAGUCUCUCUUUUGGGCGUCCUUUGGUAUGGUCGGACUGGAUGACUUUGAGCUUGUCGGCAUCAAAACCUACACACGGUUCUGGGGCCUGCUCAUGUUUGGUUCCUACUCGGUGAUCAAUGUGAUCGUAUUGCUGAACCUCCUCAUCGCCAUGAUGUCCAAUUCUUACGCCGCUAUCGUGGAACACUCUGACGUCGAGUGGAAGUUUGCCCGAACGAAGCUGUGGAUGAGCUACUUUGAGGAAAGCGCCACCCUGCCACCGCCAUUUAAUAUUAUCCCGACGCCCAAGCACUUCCUGAAGCUGCUGGGUGUGCGUGAGAAGGACAAGACGAGGCGCAUGUCGUCAAGGAGGAAGGAGAAAGUGGAGAAGGAGCGCGACUUCCGCUACACAGCCGUGAUGCGCGCGCUUAUCUGGCGUUACGUGUCUGCCAUGCAGAGGAAGCAGGACGACAACCCGGUCACAGAGGACGAUAUCAACGAGGUCAAAUCCGAGAUCACCUCCAUGAAGUGCGAGAUUCUCGAGACGCUGGCCAACAACGGCAUGAAUGUCGCCGACGCCGCCACUAAGGACAAGAUCGUUCUCGGCAAAAAAAUGAAGGUAUGGGAGAGGAGGCUAAUGAAGGACUUCCAUGUAUCACCGGUCGCUGGUGAAGAAACUUUCGAGGAACUCCAGAUGCAACCUCCACCUGAAGACGAAGACAAGCUGGCCAAAUUCAGGAGGCUGGCCAAACUGGCGGUGCUGCAGUCCAGCUCUCACAAGUGGGGAGAAAUUGUCCGCGAGGCGUGCAAGUCGUCCCAAAUCGGUCGCUCGUGCAACCGAGAGUCCUUCAAAAAUCAGCAGUACCUGCAGAGAGCCAUGGAGGAGGCCAAGAAGCUGCAGGAGAAGCCAUCUCGCAGAGGCCACUCCCCAACUCCUUCCCCCAUGCCAAUGGUUGAUCCUACCAGGGAUGGAAUUCUCACCCUUCUAAAGGAAAUCCGAGAAGAAACUGGAAACACAAGGUCACCAGUCAAUUCAAUCGAUCCUAGGAUGCUGUCAGUGAACGAAGCAAGCAAAAGCCGCACCAACUCACCUAUCUUCCAGGCCACCAACGCAUUGAAGCAACAGCAGCAGCAGCAGACACCCGCGGCACAGCUUUCAACCAACACCCCCGCAAUUGCUAAGGUUCACUCUGAGACUAAACAGCAAACGACAGAGAGCAAGGAACCACUUCCAGCUGCCCCUCGGGACGCUCCAAAGGUGAUCAAGAAGAAGCAGCCAUUGGACGAGCCAUCCAUCGUCAUCCCGCGUCCGCAGAAGUUCGAGCAAAGAGCGCCAGCGCCCGCACCUCCAGCCGCGACGCCCGAUCAGCCCAAGAUGGCACCGCCGCCUCCCCGCGUUGACGUCUCCAAGCCCGCAGCGGAGCCUGCAAAGGUGGCAAAACCUGCCGCCCCCAAGCAGCCCUCAGUGGAGGCGAAAAUGCAGCCAGAGCCUCCAAAGGAGCCAAAGAAACAACCAGAGCCGCAAAUAGAGCAGAAGAAGCAGCCUGAGCCAAGGGUCAUGCAGGUGCCCUCGCUUGAAAUUACAGCCUCGACUCCAAUCAUGCCGCACCAGAGCGGCCGCUUCAGCUCCACUGAGCAGCUAAUCAGCAAGAGCGAGCCUCCCUCGCCUGACAAUGCCAGUCUCAGGGUAGGGCAGAAGGUUGAGGGCGUGGCAACCAUCAAACGACAGCCAAAGUCUGGAUGGCUGUAACACGUCAUUCUUUUUAUAUAUAUUUCACUUAUUAAUUCAAACCUGUGAAUUCUCGAUAGUGCCAAAAAGUGUACAAUAUCUAUACUAGUCGUCACACAGCGAUGUUUGUGAUAAUCAGAAUGGGCAAAACUGUGCUUCCUAUGAAAACGAUCUCAGCAAUAUCUUAAAUCAAGACAGACAUCAUUCGUUUUUAGAUGAAUGGCUUUUAUUAAUAUGAGGGUCAGUGUACAUGAUAUCAGUUUGCAUAAUAAACAAUGUAUUCAAAUUGGCUAAAA